AUGGAUUCUCUCAUUGAAGCAAACUCCAAAUUUUGCUUUGACUUUUUUCAAGAGAUAAGCAAAAACGAUAGUUCUAAAAACAUCUUCUUCUGUCCUCUGAGCCUCUCAGCUGCCCUUGGCAUGGUCCGCCUCGGGGCCAGAAGUGACAGUGCACAUCAGAUCGAUCAGGUCCUCCACUUCAACGAAUUUUCCCAGAGUGAAGGCAAAGCAGGGGAUCCCUGUCUGAAAGGCAAAGAGCAGGAGGUGCUGGCCCACAGAUCUCCGGAAGGGCAGAAGGGAGCCGCGCCGCAGGCGGGGUCUCCUAAGGAUGACAGUGCGCGUCUCAGUUACUGCUUUGGGCAGCUUCUCUCCAGAUUAGAUAGAAUCAAGUCUGAUUACACCCUGAGCAUUGCGAACAGGCUUUAUGGAGAGCAGGAAUUUCCAAUCUGUCCGGAGUACUUAGAUGGCGUGAUUCAAUUUUAUCACACAACCAUUGAAAGUGUUGACUUCCGGAAAGACACUGAGAAGUCCAGACAAGAGAUUAACUUCUGGGUGGAGUCACAGUCCCAAGGUAAAAUCAAGGACCUCUUCAGCAAGGACACCAUUAACAACUCCACUGUGCUCGUGCUGGUGAACGCAGUGUACUUCAAGGCCAAGUGGGAGAAAUACUUUGAAUGUGAAAACACAGUUGACGCACCUUUCUCUCUGAAUGAGAAUGAAAAGAAGAUGGUGAAGAUGAUGAACCAAGAGGGUAUGUUUAGAGUGGGCUUCAUAGAGGAGGUGAGGGCACAGAUCCUUGAAAUGCAGUACAUCCAGGGCAAGCUGAGCAUGUUCGUCCUCCUGCCGUCUAGCUCUUCGGACAACCUGGAGGGCCUGCAGGAGCUUGAAAGGAAUAUCACCUAUGAAAAAAUAGUGGCCUGGAGCAGUUCAGAAAAUAUGACAGAAAAAAGAGUGGCCGUCGCCUUUCCCCAGUUCACCCUGGAAGACAGCUAUGACCUCAAUUCCAUCCUCCAAGACAUGGGCAUCACGGAUAUCUUCGAUGAAAAGAAGGCCGAUCUCACCGGAAUCUCUCCAAGCCCCAGUCUGUACCUGUCCAAGGUGGUCCAUAAAACCUUUGUGGAGGUGGAUGAAAAUGGCACCCAGGCCGCCGGUGCCAGCGGGGCCACCGGCAGUGUGAUGUCUGCGCCAUCCUGGGAGACCUUUAACGCCGAUCACCCAUUUCUCUUUUUCAUCAGACACAACAAAACCAAAACCAUUCUCUUCUAUGGCAGGAUCUGCUCUCCUUGA